AACAUUAGUAUAAGUGAAGACAAUUUGGGCAACUAUUUGUCCGCCGGAGAGAUACCGUUGCCUCAGCUCUACUUCGCUCUGUCCGUCAUAUUCUUCCUUUUGGGCGUCAUUUGGAUUCAUGUGAUUCGUAACAAACAGAACGAUGCCUUCAAAUUACACUAUUUGAUGGCCAGUCUUGUGUUUGUCAAAGCAUUCUCACUGCUCUUUCAUGGGAUUAACUAUCACUACAUAUCGACUGAGGGCUCGCAAGUGGAGACGUGGGCCGUCCUCUACUAUAUCACUCAUCUAUUGAAAGGCGCUCUACUGUUCAUAACGAUUGUGCUGAUCGGCACGGGUUGGGCGUUCGUUAAACACAUCCUCAGCGACAAAGACAAGAAGAUAUUCAUGAUUGUUAUUCCACUUCAGGUUUUGGCGAAUAUUGCGGACAUAAUCACCGAAGAGAGCGAAGAGGGAGAACUGAAGCAUAAUAUGUGGCGCGAAAUCUUUAUAUUAGUAGAUCUGUUGUGUUGCGGAGCCAUACUAUUCCCAGUGGUCUGGUCUAUACGACACCUGCAGGAGGCCUCGCAAACGGACGGAAAGGCCGCCAUUAACUUACGGAAACUCAAACUGUUCCGACAUUUCUAUGUGAUGAUCGUGUGUUACAUAUACUUCACCCGAAUAAUCGUCUAUCUAUUGAAGAUAACGGUUCCGUUUCAGUACGAGUGGCUCAACGUAUUUUUUCAACACACGGCGACUCUGGCCUUCUUCUUACUCACCGGCUAUCACUUCCAGCCGACCUCUACUAACCCGUACUUUCAGUUAACGCAAAGCGAUGACGACUUGGAGAUGGAGGAAGUACUCUUUGUUCAGCCGAACAGUGGCUUCAAUGAGACUAAGAAGCGGACGCCCCGUGACAUCGAGGCCAACGUCACCUCCGAUACCGAACGACUGAUAACCAAACGUGAAAGUAGUCAUGAUUUUGAUUAGUUUCGUUGAGCAUAGAGUGUAUUGCAAUCGCUUUUAUGAAAUUAAUUUAAGUUUAUUUUUAAAUAAUUCUCU